GCCAGUUGAGGUUUUCAACUCAAUUCACUUGGUUAACUGUAACAUUCUCCACAGCAACUUUUUUUUCUAGCUCGUUGGCGUACAGUUUAUUAAUCAGAAAAGUCCUGUCAAUCAAAGCCAAAGAGAUGCCCCCUUUGCUGUUCAAAGAUUUAUUCUGGGGGUCUGAUUUCACCUGUCACGCUGGCUAUGAUGCCCUGAUCCAGAGGUUACGAGAUGGGAGGCAAAUGUGCAAAGAUGUGGAGGACGUCUUCAAGAUGAGAGCACUGGCGGAGGAGAGGUACGGAAAGGAACUGGUGACUAUUGCUCGCAAAGCUGCUGGACACACAGAGAUCAGCACGUUGCGAGCGUCCAUGGAGCAACUGAAAACACAGAUUGAGAACAUCGGCAACUUUCACAUCCAAUUAUCCGAUAAAUUGAAAGAGGAGGUGAAAAAGAUUGAGACUUUCAGAGAACGCCAGAAAGAACAGAGGAAGAAGUUUGAAAGCAUCAUGGAGAAAGUUCAGAAGAAAAAAGUUCUGUUGUUCAAGAAGACUAUGGAGUCGAAGAAAAGCUAUGAGGCAAAAUGCAAAGAUGCUGAUGAGGCAGAGCAGGGGGCUGACAAAGCAAAUGCUGCUCCCAAAAAUCCUGAAAAGGUACGUAACAGGGCCAAACAAUGCAGACAAGCAGCCAAUGAAGCAGAGAAGCAGUAUUUGAACAACAUUGAUCAACUAGAAACCGUUCGCCAAGACUCGGAAGAGACACACAAAAGCACAUGCGAGGUAUUCCAGCAGUUAGAGGGGGAUCGCAUUAAUGUGCUCAGGUGUGCUCUCUGGGACCACUGCAAUCAUUACUCCAUGCAGUGCGUCAAGGACGAUGAGCUUUACGAGGAGGUGAGGAAGGCCCUGGAACAGUGUGACAUUACCGUGGACAACAAUGCCUUCAUACUCCAGAAAAGCACAGGAUCAAGGGCACCGGAGCCCAUAGCAUUUGAAAACUACUACCAAACCGAGAGGAUCGGGACAAGCAAUGGUCAACCUCGUUUCUCAGAGGAAGAUCUGACAAGAAGGGGAGACACAACUAGCAUGAGGAGGAAUCAAGAGACACCACGGUGUUUUGAUCCGCUGCUCAGACUCUCCAUGUCCUUCAACACUGAGAGCCCUAAACCCCCACGAUCACCGCUGGCUUCAUUUUCAGAUGAACUUCCUGUGUUUCCCUUGCCUCCAGGUGAGUCAGCAGAUAGUGAAUAUGAACUUGUUGCAGGCGUCCAGGUAGAGGCGGCGUUGCCUGCAUCUCCAGCAGAUGAAGGGUGCUAUAUCGUGCUCUAUGACUACGAGGCACGGCAACAGGACGAGCUGUCGGUGAGCAGAGGGGACGUGGUCCGAGUGCUGCAGCAAGGAGGAGACGGCUGGUGGACGGUGGAGAGGAACGGGCCCACUGGACUCGUGCCAGGAAACUAUCUGGGCAAAAUUUGAACAUGCAAGCGCACAAAGACACACAAAGAUCCAAACAAAUGCAGACACUCUCACAUUUCUCUCAUU